AUGUCCCACUUCUCUAGCUCGCACUCUCCUGCCAACAGCGAUCCGAAAUCCAUCUACAACGAAUCUACCUCGACGCCUCAUACGCCCCCGAACGGCAUAAGCGGACUUGGAGACCGCCAACCAUCCUAUCCUGGCAAGAAUCCGAGCGCCGCCAAAAGUGAUUUUUUCCAUCGCCGCGGCCACGCUCGGGCUGUGUCAUCCACUGUCCCGGCCUCGCCGCUUUGGGUCGACCAUGACAGUUCGCCGCUAAAUAGUUCACCGAUUACCGUUGCCGACCAUAACCGUUCCCGAAGUCGCAGCUCCUCUCGCCCAUUGUCUAUGGUUCAGGCCUACCAACCGCCCCGCAUGGAUAUCAACGAGGAUACGAUCCCGGAGCUGCAGCCCAUAUUCACUUUCCUAAACAGCCAUGCCAAUAAGUUGUAUCAAGAGGGAUACUUCCUCAAGUUAGAUGACCAGAAUACACAGGGCAAGCCGAACCCUGAUCGCACAUGGACGGAAUGCUUUGCGCAGCUUGUCGGGACGGUUCUGUCUCUGUGGGACGCUGCGGAGCUAGAUGCCGCUGGCGAAGAUGGUGAAGUUUUACCCAAGUUCAUCAACUUGACUGAUGCGUCAAUCAAGAUGAUCGAAUCACUACCUACCAGAUCAAACGAGGAACAGCCUUUACAAAAUAUCCUCAGUAUCUCAACUGCGGGAAGAAAUAGAUACCUUUUACAUUUCAAUUCUCGGCAAUCACUAAUCCAGUGGACGUCUGGUAUCCGGCUCGCCAUGUUCGAGCAUUCCACGCUUCAGGAGGCAUACACAGGGGCACUGAUUGCAGGCAAGGGCAAGCAUUUAAAUAAUAUAGGUGUCAUCAUGGAGAGAUCGCGAGUCGACAUGGGCCAAUGGGUACGAGUGCGAUUUGGAGCCGGUGUUCCUUGGAGACGAUGUUGGUGUGCUAUCUCGCCACCAGACGAGAAGGAAUAUCAGAAAGCCAUGAAGGAGCAUAAAAAGAAAAACCCGUAUGAUCGCUCACACCCCCCAAUUCUUAAAGGCGACAUCAAAUUCUACGACCAAAGGAAGGAGGGCAAGAAACAGAAGAAAGUACAGCCUAUAGCUACGAUCAACGACGCGUAUUCCGCCUAUGCGUUAUACCCACAAUCUAAGUCUUUGAUCGAUGCGUCCACAUUGAUCAAGAUCGAGGGCGAUAUUACCAUACAUGCUGAUCCUCCUUCAUCUACAGAGGGCUUCGUUUUCAUUAUGCCAGAAGUAAACCCGGCUGUCAGUGGGUUUGAAAUGAUGCUACGAUUUUUGUUCCCUACAUGGGACACCUUCGGACUGUACGGUCGACCAGGACGAUUGGUCGCUAGUGUGUUGGACUCCAGGUCUCUGAUGUUCGCGAUGCCGAAGCACAAGCGUUAUGGAUAUCUUGAAUUGCUUGAUGUGUCGAGCUUGAUAUUGACGGAUGGAAAUGCGACCAGGAGCGAAAGGGAAUGGAGGAAGAAGUUGAAGGAACUGACUGGCACUCGAAUGAAUACCACAACGGACGAAAGUGAGAGUAGCGGUACUAGCCGAACGAACAGCCGUACGAAACGGCUCAGUUCUGGCCCUGCGCCAGCUGGGAACGCAAAACCUCGAGUUGGGUUUGCUGACGAUUCAUCACCACCUCCAGUAAGAUCAUCGCGAUCCAUGUCUCUAAAUUCUGGUCAGGAUGCUGUGAGCGGCAUGCCGACCUCAUCUAACGUACACCCACCCGGAGAGAUUCCCCCACCGGUUCCUCGUCAUAACGAGAAUCCAUAUACCGUAGUUCCGGGUCCUGUAGCUGGACCCGACCCUGCACGUUCCUUUAUACCUGAUUUCGCGGCCGCCCCAGGAACCGCGAGCUCAGAGGAAGAGCGGAUGGAUACACCUAUUCAAGAUUUUGAUGGCAUGCGACGGAUGCAAACUCCAGAGCCAGUUUCCCAACCGCCUAGGUUUUCCCAUGCGCCAGGAGACAAGCCCAAUAACCGACCAUAUCAUUCACCAGAAAUGCGCCGUGCGAACAGCCGAUUGUCAAUAAACACGCUGAAUCAACUUACUACCGCGGGUAAUGUUUCUGCUAGCCCAGACGUAUGGAGCCCUGAGAGCGAGAGAAACAACGAGGCGCAGCAUGCAACAUCUCGCCAAGACUCCGACCAACCUGGUCUGCCUCCGGUACAUUUGCAUGUCAACAACACGAGGAUACCUGCUAACUUUGGAUCCCAUGAAGUUAUAAUGAAUAAUCCCCCGCGCUCCCCGGGCUUCCCGUCUGACAUGGACUCAUCGUCGCAACGAUCAAGAUCGCCGUUCAAUAACCAUACUCAACCUGACUCACGCGGUCCAACUCCUACACCUCGGCCAAAGACGCCAACCUCGAGGCCAGGGACUGCCUCUGGAAAUCGACCACCUGGACCGCCUAAUUUUGGCCAUCAAGGUAACCACCCAGCGUACCGUGGACCGCCACCCCCUGGACCACCCCCUGGACCACCUGGCAUGCCCCCGCCCGGUAGGGGCCGUGGCUAUCCACCACCAAAUAUGGCUGGUCCUGGUCGUGGUUAUCCUAACGGACCUCAAAACAUGUACACGGGAUCUGCCGGACCUGGUGGUAGAGGUGGACCCCGGUCUCCUCCGCCCAACCGUGGGGAACAAUUACCGCCAUUGGAUACCUCACCUAUCCACAGAAAACCCUUGCCGGUUCGUUCUGAUAGUCUCCAGCAACGUUCAAAUACGGGUGGUGUAACCCCAGCGACGGAGUCUGCAAGCAGUGCAAGCUUUACCGGCCAUCGGAUAGAUACUGAGGGGUUCGGGCAAAUCCGUGCUCAGAAUGUAAGCGGUCCUGGGCCUCAGCCAAGCGCUAUGCGCUACGACACAAUGAUUAGUCAGGCCAGCAGCCGCUAUGAUGAUGGGGCGUCCACUUCGAGCCCUGACUAUGCCAGCUCGCGGCCGUCAACUGGAACUUCUGCGUCGGUGGUUGAACGACCUAGGGCUGGCGUAUUGAAAACAGUAGGGGCUCCCGAAGAACACUCAUCUCGGUCUGGGGGCUCUAGUUUCGAGAUUCCAGGCAUCGACUUCGGUCCUACUCUCAAUUAUGCUGCAGCACCACGAAAUCUGCCAUCAUCAGGCGGCAUUGGAAUUGCACAAACUUCUAAUCCAUCUGGUCCCAGGGCGCAGUCACCAAAUGCAGCUUUUCCUCAACGGCCAGUCAUCCCCGGAGCUUCUCAUAGUCGACAGGGCUCGGAAGAGAACGUGCGAAAGAGCGUGGUGUGGCAGCCAGCCGGCACAAGCCCUGGUUCGGGUGGCCCUAGUCUUUCUGCCGAAGAAUUUGUUCAGCAAAGGGCGGCAACUGCGACACCUUUAUACGCCCACCAGCGACAUUCCUCUGGCAACACUCUCGCUAGUUAUCGUGCCGGCACGCCAACCCCCCCACUCGGCCGCGGUCAAGAUAAAGACUACAUAGGUACGGCACAUUCACGCAAUAGUUCUCACGAUCUCUUGCAACGUCCCAGCUCUCGAGGGGCUGGUGAAUUUCUCCAACGACGCAAAUCUGGGGAGUUGUUACAGAGGCCCGGAUCCCGAGGUGCAGGUGCCGUCUUAGGUGGCCAGCAAUCACAAGGGGAGUCACAUUUGUCAGCCCGGGAACAAGAACAUGUUGCACGGAUUACUGGCUCGCCUCUUAUCAAUAUGGCGGGGAACAAAAAUGCUCCCCAGACUGGUGGGGGGCUUAUAGGCGCAAUCGAAGAUCGUGAACGUGGACGUGAGCAAAUGAAACAAGGUUGGGCCAGCCAAGCUGCGCAGAAUGCCAUUCAGCGACAGCAACAGCAACAGCCGCCGCAGCCAGGCUACGCACAUUACCAGCGGUCAAUGUCGCCUUCGCCCAUGCUUCCACCGCCGGCAGGUAUGUACUCGAAUAUGGGUCGAGGCAUGGUUCCACCGUCGCCCAGGCAACAUGGAUUUGGAAUGGGUCGCGGCUAUGGCGGUCCUGAACAAGAAGGCAACUGGGCACCUGGCUCUGGCGGUUUCCGGUCGCCACCUCCUGGUAACAUGGAUCCACGGUUCAUGUCACCUCAAGGCCAAUAUUCUUCAUCACCACCAUAUUCGCCGGGCCCAAGAGGCGGUGCUGGCGGGGCUCGUGGCCAAAACCCUUACCACGGGCAAGCCUUCUAG